AUGCUUAUAAUUUUACAGGCUGGGUCCGUCUUCAUGUCAGUUUUGAUUGAAAGUCGCGAGAGAAGUUAAGUAAAAUUUAGCGUUGUGAACACAAGUUCGCGAAUUUCGUGCGAUUUUUCGAAAAUUUCGUCUCCCUGUAGAUCUUUACGUUGUUACACGGAAUCGUUAAGGACGCGAGAACAGGACACAAGAUGAGGUUAUACUUGGCGUUGGGGGCACUGUGCCUCCUUGCUGGGAUCACGGCAGACAGUGGAAAGGAACAACCCGAUCUCGGGACCGUCAUCGGCAUCGACUUGGGAACAACUUACUCCUGCGUCGGCGUGUACAAAAACGGACGCGUCGAGAUCAUCGCCAACGACCAGGGCAACCGUAUAACGCCGUCGUACGUCGCGUUCACCGCGGACGGCGAGCGUCUGAUCGGCGACGCGGCCAAAAAUCAACUGACCACGAAUCCGGAGAAUACGGUGUUCGACGCGAAGCGUCUGAUCGGUCGCGACUGGAACGACGCCGCCGUCCAACACGACAUCAAGUUCUUCCCGUUCCGCGUAAUCGAGAAGAACGGUAAACCGCACGUCAAAGUCGAAACCGGACAGGGUGAGAAGGUGUUCGCGCCCGAGGAGAUCUCCGCUAUGGUCCUGGGCAAAAUGAAGGAAACCGCGGAGGCUUAUCUGGGCAAAAAAGUGACGCACGCGGUGGUCACGGUUCCCGCCUAUUUCAACGACGCCCAGCGUCAGGCGACCAAAGACGCGGGCACCAUUUCCGGUCUGACGGUGAUGAGGAUCAUUAACGAACCGACGGCGGCCGCGAUCGCCUACGGCCUCGACAAGAAAGAGGGCGAGAAGAACGUGCUGGUGUUCGAUUUGGGCGGCGGCACCUUCGACGUCUCCCUCUUGACCAUCGACAACGGCGUGUUCGAGGUGGUCGCUACCAACGGCGACACCCAUCUCGGCGGCGAGGACUUUGACCAGCGCGUCAUGGACCAUUUCAUCAAACUGUACAAGAAGAAGAAGGGCAAAGACAUCAGGAAGGACAACAGGGCGGUGCAGAAGCUGAGACGCGAAGUGGAGAAGGCGAAGAGGGCGCUGUCGGCGAGUCACCAGGUGCGCAUCGAGAUCGAGAGCUUCUUCGAGGGCGACGACUUCUCCGAGACGCUGACGCGCGCCAAGUUCGAGGAACUCAACAUGGACCUGUUCCGGUCGACGAUGAAACCCGUGCAGAAGGUACUCGAAGACGCCGACAUGAACAAAAAGGACGUCGACGAGAUCGUAUUGGUAGGCGGCUCGACCCGUAUCCCAAAGAUCCAACAGCUGGUGAAGGAGUUCUUCGGCGGCAAGGAACCGAGCCGGGGCAUCAACCCCGACGAGGCCGUCGCGUAUGGUGCCGCCGUGCAGGCCGGCGUGCUCAGCGGCGAGCAGGAUACAGAGGCGAUCGUCCUGCUCGACGUCAACCCGCUGACUUUGGGUAUCGAGACGGUGGGCGGGGUCAUGACGAAACUCAUCCCACGGAACACUGUCAUUCCGACCAAGAAGGGCCAGAUUUUCAGUACCGCCUCGGAUAACCAGCACACGGUCACCAUCCAGGUGUACGAGGGCGAACGUCCCAUGACCAAAGACAAUCACCUGUUGGGCAAGUUCGACCUUACCGGGAUCCCGCCGGCGCCGAGGGGCGUGCCCCAGAUCGAGGUGACGUUCGAGAUCGACGCGAACGGCAUCCUGCAGGUGUCCGCGGAGGACAAGGGCACCGGAAAUCGCGAGAAGAUCGUCAUCACCAACGACCAGAACCGCCUCACCCCCGACGACAUCGAUCGCAUGAUCAAGGACGCGGAAAAGUUCGCGGACGAGGAUAAGAAGCUGAAGGAGCGCGUGGAGGCGAGAAACGAGCUGGAGAGUUACGCGUACUCGUUGAAGAAUCAGCUGGGCGACAAGGAAAAGUUGGGCGCGAAGGUGAGCGGCGACGAUAAGACCAAGAUGGAGGAGGCGAUCGACGAGAAGAUCAAGUGGCUGGAGGAGAACCAGGACACCGACGCGGACGAGUACAAAAAACAGAAGAAGGAGUUGGAAGAUGUGGUGCAGCCAAUCAUCGCGAAGUUGUACCAGAGUACGGGCGGGGCGCCGCCGCCGACGGGUGGCGACGACGACGACCUCAAGGACGAGCUGUGAGACAGAUAGAGAGACCGUCGCGAAAAAGACUGAACAAAGUUUGUUAUAAAUAGUGCGCGAGAGAGUGCGGGUGUACGGACGCCUGUUUUUUUUUUUACGUGGGAUUGCGUGUUUCUCUCUUUUUUUUGUAGUUUAUUUAUUUAUUGUUUGGAUACUUGGAGGGUUGAGACCCAGUGAUAGGUCGCGUCCUUUGAGUGUAAUUUUUCCAAUAAAAAUAGUUGCUAAGUUGUG